AUUAAUAUUUCUAUAAAAUCAGAAACUUUCAUUCUUCUAAAUUCACCUGUGUGCCCCACUUAGUCCGGCCUCAGUUGUUCUCUUAUUAUUGCUUAAAAUAAUGAAAUUUGCAAUUGAUAUAAAUGUUGCCUGUAUAUUUUUUAAAGGUCCAAUAAGUUUAGCUCUGUAUAUGUCAGAUUCUGAAGUGCAGCAAUUUCUCAGCUAUACUCUCAGUUCAGAAAUCCUCAGCAGUCGGAAGAAUCUCGGCUAUCACAUCGUAUACAGGGAUGGACCAUUCUACCCGGUCAACUUACUACGGAAUGUGGCUCUGCAACAGGUCACAACCCCUUUUGUCUUUCUGACUGACAUAGAUUUCCUGCCCAUGUAUGGACUCUAUGAGUACCUCAAGAAGUCGGUGGCUUCCAUGGGAUUAGAAUCAUCUACAAAAGUAUGCACUUAAUGGUUUUUUCUAUCUUGAUUUUCAAUCACGUAGCUCAAACAGAGAAUGAACCUGGGGAAGAAGUCUCAUCUUCCAUAGGCACAAUUUGCCCAAGGUUGGGCGUGGUCCUUGUGUAUAAAGGAAAAAACGUUUAGGGGCAUAACAGCAGAG